CCACCUCCGCCGCCGCAGAAUAUUUGUCAAGAGGAAAACAGAUGUCGAGGGAAAGUACAUCUCUACCCUGAAGCAAAAGCUUGGAAUCUCUCCGAUGCACCCCCAAAACCCUAGCCCUAAUUCCUGAUUCCUGAUUCAAUUCCUAUUCAUUUUGAAUUCCAGAAACACAAGAUUAAUCGAAUUUAUAAUUAAUUUCUUUUAAUUCAACAAAAAUGUCAGCGAUUGUGUGUGGCAAGAGGUCGUUCUUCGAGGACAUCGACGCCACGGCGUCAUCGCCGGACUCUGCAUCGCCGCCAGCUUACAAGAAGUUCCGAUGCUCUUCGUCCACGUCACCGGUCCGGUUCACGUACUCCCCGCCGGUUCAAACGAGUUCGGUUGAUCAGCUCAAGGCUUUGUUUCCUGAGCUGGAAAUUCAGCUUUUAGAGAAAGCUAUGGAAGAGUCCGUCAAUGACUUGGAUUUGGCUAUUAAGAAACUUCAUGAGUUUUGCCGUGGACAUGAUGUGAAUGACAAGAUUGGCACAAGUGCUGAAGAAAAUGCAACAAUGGACAAAGCUGCAUCACAAACUGGUGGGGAUUCAGUUCCUUUGCAGGAGCCUCAAUCUCAAAACAACCUACCGGCAGAUGGUGCAGAAUGGGUGGAUUUAUUUGUGAGGGAGAUGAUGAAUGCUUCUAGCAUAGAUGAUGCAAGAUUCCGAGCAGCCAGCAUAUUGGAGAGUUUGGAGAAAUCUAUCAGCUCUCGGGCCAGUGUUGAGACAGCUCAAAGUUUUCAUAAGGAAAAUCUGAUGCUGAAGGAACAUAUCGAAGUUCUUCUCCGGGAUAAUGUCAUCCUCAAGCGUGCUGUAGCCAUCCAGCACGAGCGUCAAAAGGAAAAUGAUGAGAAGAACCAAGAGGUGCAGCAUAUAAAGCAAUUGUUAGCACAGUAUCAGGAGCAGUUGCGAACUCUUGAGGCAAACAACUACGCAUUGACAUUGCGUUUGCAGCACGCGCAGCUGAGCAACUCCUUUCCGGGGCGUUUCCAUCCAGAUGUAUUCUAAUAAAUUGGUGGAACUGAGUUAUUGUGUGUGCGGGCACCAACUGCUGCCUAGGUUUUCUGUAGGUUGUAAGCCAAAAUGUUCAACACUAAGAUUAUGUAUAAAACCUUGAUAUCAGUAUAAUGCCAUAUAUAAGUUGGGGCUGUUUCCGGCCUAAAUUAAUUUACUAAUUUUCUUAAA